CUUCAACUGUCGUAAGCUGGUGGCUUCGAUGCCUCUGUUCGCCAACGCCGACCCCAACUUUGUGACGUCAAUGCUGACCAAGCUGCGUUUUGAGGUGUUCCAGCCCACGGAUAGCGUGGUUAUGGAGGGGACCGUCGGCAGAAAGAUGUACUUCAUCCAACACGGGGUGGUCUGCGUCAUCGCCAAGGGCAACAAAGAGACCAAGCUGUCUGACGGGUCCUACUUUGGAGAGAUCUGCCUGCUGACUCGAGGCAGAAGAACGGCCAGUGUUCGCGCYGAGACGUACUGCCGUCUGUACUCUCUGUCUGUGGACAACUUUAACGAGGUCCUGGAGGAGUACCCCAUGAUGAGACGGGCCUUCGAGACCGUGGCUCUGGACCGGCUGGACCGUAUAGGUGACAAUUUACAGAGGGCCAUCAACCUAGGAUUGGUUUCCCAAAGCCUUUCGUAGCUACAGUAGUAUGAUAUUCCUCUCAAGAACCUCUCAACCUAGGAUUGGUUUCCCA